UCUGCUUCAGGAAUUACUGAAGGUGGACGAACUGGAAUUACAUCUCUUACUGUAUCAUUCUUCUUUUUUAUCUCGUUGUUCUUUGCGCCUAUUUUUGCUAGCAUACCUCCGUGGGCUUCUGGCCCUGCUUUAGUGGUUAUUGGUUCAAUGAUGACAAAGAGUAUUAAAGAUAUUAACUGGGAAUAUAUUGGUGAUUCUGUACCAAGUUUCUUAACCAUUGCGAUCAUGCCACUAACAUAUAAUGUCGCUUACGGUCUCAUUGCUGGUAUCGUCUCCUAUAUUGUUAUUAAUACUUUCGCAUGGUUAUUAGAAAAAGCGUCAUUUGGACGUAUAUCUCAUGAUAAAUCGAAUAAAGAAUUAUGGGGUGAUUUUACGACUGGGCAAAAUAAAGGAGAAUUAUUUCCACCUUGGAUCAUGGCUGUUGGAUAUAAGAUACGUGGAGUUGUUAAUGCUAAGAAAUGUAUUUGA